UCUUCCUGCUGGUAUUUUCUACUGACCAGUGAGGCCUUGCCAUGGAUCCAGGGGGCAACAGCACUGUCUCCCCACAAGUGUACCUCAUUCAGCAACCAAUUCCUCAAGAGCCAGAAGUGACCAUUCUCCAACAGAUGCCACCGACAUUUCCUCAGUCCAGCUGCACAAGCCACUUCAGAGAAAAUUUAAUAGAGCUAAUGAUGAUACAAAAUGCCCAGAUGCAUCAAGUGAUAAUGAGCAACCUGGCUAUGUCAGCAGCAGCAUGCUUUGAAUCCAAUCCAAGCCAGCAGAUACCCCUUAUUCCCUGGCAGACAGAGGAUGAAGAUGAGAUGGACAUGGUAUUCCACCACCAUUAUGCACCCUAUCCAUGCAUCCUUCCAUUCAGAACAUGGAAGCCUCCAUCUCAAUCCUCAGUUUUGACACCGCAGCAGCCCACCAUUCGCCAUGUGGGCCCAGAUCUUCAGUCAACAGGGAGACAAGAUGAUAGUCAAGCGGUACCCCCACCCCCACCACCAAGUGCCACUGGAACUGUCACAGCCGAUGUCUUACCAGCUUCAGAAUAUUACGACUACACUGCGCAAUGGAAGUGAAAUUAAAGUUUCAUCUAUUCUUCCUACAAAAAAAUGCAGAUUCCUAGCUGAAAAAGGCCUAAAAAGUUCUUCUGAAUUGCACCAGAGUAUGGCAGGACAAACUUUGUAUCAUACUGUUUUCCUAAUAGGAUCAAAGCCUAGGAUCAAAGCUAGUAUGUUUAUAUUUGUGCACAUAUUUCAAACUCUGUAAUAAAUUGUAUAUUAUGUUAUAUGAAUUAUGCAUAAUGCCUCUAUUCACAAGUGCUGCUUCCAUUUUCUACAGAGCAGCUGCACUUUAAUAUUUUGCCUUGGUUUGUCAGCAGUCUUCCAAGAAGUAUAUAUCUUUUUAUUAUUGUUAUGAAUUCUUGAGCCCAAGAAGAUUAAGUGUGUACUGAUACUUCUUCACUUUUAUGCUUUGGACUGGCACUUUGCUGUUACCAUCUCAGUUUGUUUGUUUGUUUGUUUGUUUGUCUGUUUGUUUGUUUAAGCUGAGCAUCAGACCAGCCUUUGUCGUUCUUCAAUAGAUAUUCCUCAAGUCUUCUUCACUUUAAGAUACUCAAGUGGUAUCAACAGCAUUUUUUAGCCAUUUUAAUUCAAGUUUUGUUUCUCCUAGUUCAGCAUUUCUCAUUACAGGUUCUGCAGAUAAACUGGGUAGAUAAGAUGCAGUACACUAUCUUAACACAGUUCUUUACCAAUUUUGAGCCAAUUAGUUGUUCCUUAAGUCAUUCUAAUGUUCGCUUUCUAGUCAGCAUAUAAAUAGAAAUGAAGUUCUCUGAUAUGCUUAAGAACUAUUCUCAAGUUGCUCUAAUUCAUGCAGUUGGAAAAAAAUUGUGUACAGGUAUUCCUUGCUUAGUGACCACAAUUGGGACCAGCAACUUGAUCUUUAAGUGAAGCGGUCAGUAUGUGAAAUCACAACUAUGCUCAUGAUCUUACUUCAGCUUACCUUUGCUUUACAAACUUCUGAAGGUCAUAAAUGCAAGAGUUGUUUGUAAAGUUACAUUUCAUCACUGUUGUAACUGCAAACAGUCACUAAACAAGGCAACCAUUAAAUGAAAACCACCUGUAAUCAGUAAACAAAAUUUAAAGUAGUUUUGGAACUCCAGUUUCUUUUCCACUAUCCAUGGAAAUGUGUUUGGUUUAACACUCUCUUUUUUUUGUUAUUGGAAUAUAGUUGGAUCUGUUCCAGUCUUUUGGCGGCUGCUGCAGUUCUCAUACUUGCUAAAAAAAAAACAAAAACCUGCAAGCAACAUGUUAAUAGCAUCAUUUUACAAAAUUUUAAACUGUACUCAUAGCAUUUCAUUUACACUUAUAGUCAGGGCUUUUUUUCUCAUAGAACGCCCAGAACGGAGUUCCGGCACCUUUUUUGGAUGGA